AAUAUGCAGUUUGGAUUGGUGGUUCAAUUCUUAGUUCAUUAUCAACGUUUCAAGCAAUGUGGAUUUCGAAACGAGAAUAUGAUGAAUCAGGUCCAUCGAUUGUACAUCGAAAAUGUUUUUGA